CACUUCAACAUGAAAUCAGAAUUUUGCAUUUUGCUCUUCGCCCUCGUGGGAAACAUUCAGGCAAGCAUCACUUACGAGUAUGAAUUGAUCGCGGAGUUCGAACUCUUUAAAGUGGUACAUGAGAAAAGCUACGAUGGUGAUUCCGAGGAGCAACUGCGACUGCAGAUCUUUAAGGACAACAAGGAGCUGAUUGAUAGGCACAAUGAGCGCUACUCUGCUGGAGAAGAGUCCUACUACAUGGGUGUGAACCAAUUUACUGAUAUGACAUCCUGGGAGUUUCAGCAACUUGUGCUCACCCCACUCAAUAUAAGUACCCAUGUCGAGUAUAUGUAUAUGCCAUCCCAUGUUGAGCUCCCAGGCAGCGUAGAUUGGCGUGCCAAAGGAGCCGUGACCGGUGUGAAAAACCAAGGACGAUGUGGUUCCUGUUGGUCCUUUGCCGCUGCUGGUGCUCUGGAGAGUCAAUGGUACCUAAAAACAAAGCAUUUAAUUCCUCUUUCAGAGCAGAAUCUUAUGGAUUGCUCUAGACGCUAUAAUAACCAUGGCUGCAAUGGUGGCUGGCCAGCGUCUGCUCUUCUCUACGUUAAGGAUAACGGUGGCAUCGAUGUGGAGUCAGCAUAUCCAUAUGAGGGGCAUGAUGGGCAAUGUCGCUUCCAACGCAAUAAAAUUGGUGCCAAGGUCUCUGCUGUGAUGCAAGUGCGACCCGAUGAGGAAGCUCUGGCUCAUGCAGUUGCCGAGAAGGGGCCAAUUGCUGUUGCUGUCGAUGCCCGAGGCUUCCAGCAUUAUCGGGGUGGAAUUUUCAACGAUCGCAAUUGUAAUAAGCAAGUAAAUCAUGCUGUCAUUGUGGUUGGCUAUGGUAGUGAUUAUUGGCUUAUCAAGAAUUCCUGGGGGGGAUGGGGAGAACAUGGGUACAUGCGUCUUGCCCGUAACCACAAUAAUAUGUGUCACGUGGCCACCUACGGCGUGUUCCCCAUUGUUUAAACUCAUUCAUUAUUAAUCAACAUAUUCAAAGUGCCAAACAUAGCAGUCAUCAAAAGCCGAAUGUUUGAAGAAUGUAAUCGCUUAAUUAAGUAGCUUUUUAUGAAUCAAUUUUAUUUAAAAACUUAUAAUAAAACAUAUAAAAACAUUGUAUAGAAAACUUAACUACUAUAUACAAUCAGGCUUAUGUUAUUCGAGUGCUCAAGAUAUUAAUAGCA